AUGAUGGAGUUACUUAAAACAGACGGAGAUGAUAGUGUGGAUGUUGAUGGAUUUGAUUCUUUAAUGAUUGCAGCUAGAAAUGGACAUGACAACAUAGUCGAAAUGUUUAUCAACGGCGGAGCUGAUAUCAAUCCUCAUAUUAAAAGUGUGGAUGUAGAUGGCUUGGAUGCUUUAAUGCUUGCAUCACAAAAUGGACAUGACAAAAUAGUCGAGUUGCUUAUUAACGGCGGAGCUGAUGUUAAGCAUGUGGAUGUAGAUGGAUGGGAUGCUUUAAUGUUUGCUUCACUAAAUGGACAUGGCCAAAUUGUAGAGUUGCUUAUCGAAGGCGGAGCCGAUAUCAAAUGUGUGAAUGAAGAUGGAUGGGAUGCAUUAAUGAUUGCAUCAAACAAAGGACAUUACAAAAUAGUAGAGUUACUUGUUACAAAUGGAGCUGAUAUUAAACGUGUGAACGUAGAUGGAAGGGAUGCUUUAAUGCUUGCAUCACUAAAAGGAUAUGAGAAUAUAGUACAGUUGCUUAUCGACGGUGGAGCUGAUUUUAAACGUGUAAACGCAAAUGGAUGGGAGGCUUUAAUGCUUGCAUCGAGAUAUGGACAUGACAAAAUAGUUGGGUUGCUUAUACUAGGUGGGGCUGAUAUACGUCAUGUGAAAAAGGAUGGAUUGGAUGCUUUAAUGCUAGCAUCACGCUAUGGACACGAAAAUAUAGUUACGAUGCUUAUCAAAGGCGGAGCAGAUAUUAAACGUGAGAAUAAUGAUGGAUUGGAUGCUUUAAUGCUUGCAUCUAGACAUGGACAUGACAAAAUAGUAACGUUGCUAAUCAACGGCGGAGCUGAUAUUAAACGUGUAAAUAAAGACGGAUUGGAUGCUUUAAUGAUAGCAUCAAAAAAUGGACAUGACAAAAUAGUCGAGUUGCUUAUACUAGGUGGGGCAGAUAUUACACGUGUGAAAAAAGAUGGAUGGGAUGCUUUAAUGCUUGCAGCACGCUAUGGACACGACAAAAUUGUAACGUUGCUUUUCAACGGCGGAGCUGAUAUUACACAUGUAGAUGUGGAUGGGUUUGAUGCUUUAAUGCUUGCAUCUAGAAAUGGACAUGUAAAGAUAGUCGAAUUGCUUAUAAAUGGUGGAAAUGAUAUUAAUCGUGUGAAUAAAAAUGGAUUUGAUGCUUUAAUGAUUGCAUCAAACAAUGGACAUGACAAAACGGUUGAGCUCCUCAUCUCUUGCGGAGCUAAUGUUAAACAAGUGAAUAAAGAUGGAUGGGAUGCUUUAAUGCUUGCAGCACGUUAUGGACACAACCAAAUAUUUACUAUGCUUUGCAACGGCGGAGCUGAUAUUAAACGAGUGGAUGUAGAUGGAUGCGAUGCUUUAAUGAUUGCAUCAAACAAUGGACAUGACAAAAUGGUCGAGUUACUUAUUAACGGCGGAGCUGAUAUUAAACGUUUAGAUGAAGAUAAAUGGGAUGCUUUAAUGCUUGCAUCUAGCAAUGGACAUGACAAAAUAGUUGAAUUACUUAUCAACGGUGGGGCUGAUUUUAGUCAAGUGAAAUACCAUGGAUUGGAUGCUUUAAUGCUUGCAGCACGCUAUGGGCAUGACAAGAUAGUUGAAUUGCUUAUUAAAAGAGGAGCAUAUAUAAAUAAUUUUGCUGUAGAUGAAUGGGAUGCUUUAAUGCUUUCAGCACGCUAUGGACAUUACAAAAUAGUUGAGUUGCUUAUCAAAGGCGGAGCUGAUAUCAAACGAGGAAAUAAAUUUGGAAUGAAUGCUUUAAUGCUUGCAUCUAGACAUGGACAUGACAAAAUAGUAGAAUUACUUAUCAAAGGCGGAUUUGAUGUAAGACAUAUGAAUGAAGAUGGGUGUGAUGCUUUGAUGGUUGCAUCAAGAAAUGGACAUUGCAAAAUAGUACAGUUACUUAUUAAGGGUGGAGCUGAUAUUAAACGUGUCAAUAAAGUUGGAUGUAAUGCGUUAAUGUUUGCUUCAAUAAACGGACAUGACAAAAUAGUGGAGUGGCUUAUUAACAGUAGCGCUGAUAUUAGACAAAUGAAAAAUGAUGGAUUCGAUGCUUUAAUGCUUGCAUCAAAAAAUGGACAUUAUAAAAUUAUUGAAAUGCUUAUCAACUGUGGAGCAGAUGUGAAACGUGUGAAUAAAGAUGGAUUAGACGCUGUAAUGCUUGCAUCGGGCUAUGGACAUCAUAAUGUGUUAAAAUACUUGCUUAAAGAGGCGCAGAUAUUGGAAGAAUUAAUGGAUUAUGCUACAGAAAUAAUGGCGGAGUAUUCCAACAUGGGAACGUUUAAGCUAUUACAUUUUUUUAUCUACCAGAAAGCUUUAUAUUUGAUACACGAUGUGAUAUGUGCAAACUAUAUGGAUAAACAUUAUACUCUAUUUAAAAAACUUCAUGAAAAUAUGUAUCCAGAAAUAACAAUUUCAUAUUUGAAAGAAGAAAAUCUACUAGAUCCAACUGCACCAAGCUUUUCACUUUCCUUAACUCGUGAUAUGCUGAAUCUUUUGAUAAAUGGCAGUGACGCAAGCCCAGAGUUUGCAAAAGCACUGAAGAAUAUAAGCCUUCCUCACGUCCGUACUUCACUCAUUCAGAAGAUGUUGCUCUCACUGAUUGUUGCAGAUUCAGAUAUUGUAGUUACAACAAAUGAUGAAAUCAAAACUGCUAUUGAUUACAUCAAACAAGCUUCAGCAAAUCCAAGUAGAACAUACGGGGGCUUUCAUAUUUCUGAGUUACUUCAAGCACUUCCAAAAUUUGCUAAACAUCCACAGGCUCGCUUAGAGAUUAUUUCUUUACUCGACACAUUGAAAGAUGUCCUUGCUGAUAACGAUCAUGAGCAGCUGCAGCAUGUAAUGGACUUAUUAAAAGAGAUGACUAUAGAUAAGGUGGCCAGCCAGCAAAUAAUACAAAACGAAGGUCUCACAGACAGUUUGUCAAAGCUGGAUAGUUCUGGAAACAUCGAUAUUUCUGAAGAUGUCACUUCUAUUUUUUGGAAUGCAGGACAAACAGCUGGAUGUUUUCCAAAUAAUGCGGAAAGAGUCGUGUCUCUUGAUUUCCCAAAAGAGUUUACAGUUGAAGUUGAACCGUUAGGUCAAGGAACGUUUGGUAGUGUACAUCUUGUCAGAGAUACAAGUAAACCUGAUGAUAAUAAAUUUGUCGCCAAAAGAAUUUACUUUACUAAAGAGAUGAAACCAGAAAUGGAAUAA